GUUGGGUCCCUGUCGGGUCUAGCGUUGUCAGCAUGUGACACGAGGACUCCUGAAUCCUGGCGGUUCCCUUGAAUAGACAGGGAGUUUAUCUCUCAUCUCUUCUCAUCUCUCUCAUCUCAUCUCUCAGUCAACAUGUGCUCACAAAGCUCCCUGCUUCUUGCCAUCGCUGCCAUGAUACUCUCCGUCGCGGCUAACAAUUGCUCGACCGGCUCCUACGUCGUGGUGAGCGACCAGACGGAGCUCGACGCAGCUCUCGCCGGGUGCUCGUCUUUCGGACGCAAUAUUGUCAUCGGCGAGUCGUAUGACGGGGUCGUGGACUUUGCGAACGUCACGCACUUCUCUGGAGAAAUUGGCUCGAGCGGCGAUGGGACACCCAAUGUGACAGAGAUCCUGUUGCCGGACGCGGUGGAGUGCUCCAGUUUGGAUUUCUCUGGGAUGACGAAUUUUCGAAACAUAUCUGCGCCCAAUCUGUCAACCAUCACGUCCCUUCGAGAGGAUAGCAGCACGGUUCUGACAGUAGACUUGCCCGAGGUGAGCUCCGCAGCAGUUUUAGAGAUUGCCGGGCACUCGUUGCAGGUGAAUAUGGCAAAGCUCGAAAACGUGACUGUGUUCCUUCAGCUCACGAAUGGCGAUUCAUCCGAUGCCUUUGCCGUCGACCUGCCCGCCUUGCGCUACGCAAGCGAACUCAGCAUCACCGGAUCUUUAUCUAGGAUCUCCCUGCCGGCGCUAGAUUCUGUGCAGGAUUCGAUCGAAAUUGGCAUUUCCGGCGACGCAAUCGAUCUCACUCUUCCACGCUUGAAAGAAGCUGGGAGCAUGUUGAAUCUACAGGGGAAUUUCAGCAGCAUUGAACUCCCUUCGCUCGUGGAAGCAACCAACGCAACAAUCCAGAUUGAGCCCUCUGCGCCAUUGAGCCUCAACUUCACCCAUCUCGUCCGAGCGGGCAAGAUCGUGUUGACGGGGGAGAUAACCGAUGUUCAUUUUCCUGUCCUUGAAUCGGUCGACUCUAUUUCCAUCACUUCUAGCACGCAGGUCAACUGCACCGGUUACUAUCAGGCAGUCAAUCGUACACAUCUCGCCAACGACGGAGAGUCUGCAUGUUCCGGUAUCUCGGCUAACCAGUCAUCAUCUUCUGAUAAGAAAGCAUCAGAGGGGACCAAGAUUGGGGUGGGAGUUGGUGCCGGCGUGGGAGGACUCCUUGUUCUACUCGGUGCCUGGCUGCUUUGA